CAGAGGACAAGUUAGGGGUGAUUCUUGGGAGAUAAUCAGUGCCACCCAGGAAGACAGUGGUUACUACGAUUUCAGGGGAAAAGACUGCUGUCCAGGACGCUGAUGACAGUACAAGGGAAAAUUCUAAGAAAUGAAAAGUAUGUGGGUGAGGUGCUCAUCAUCAGAUAUCCUUCAGCAGAUUUAGCCUGGACUGUAGAUGUUAAACUCAAGAAAGAGACGGAAUUCAUAAACCUGGUAAAUGCAGGCAUUGUGGUCACAGAGAGUAACCCAGAGGCCAGGGCAUUUAAUGGGAGAGUUCAUCUGUUACAUGAUGGCGUACAGAUUACUCUUUCGGAAACCAGAGACUCUGGCACCUAUACACUCAAAGACCCACAAAACAACCUAGGUCUAACAGUGCUGCUGGAGGUACAGCCUGCAUCUCCUUCUACGUUUUUUAUUGUUUGUGUUGUCAUUGGGAUUUUCUUUACGAUGGUUACCUGCUUCUGCUGUGUGAAGAAAUGCUGUGGGAAAAAGAGCUCUUCUAAUAUUGCCCAGGCUGCUCCUCAGACUGAAACAGCACAUCCUGUGCGUUACCACGAUCAGAACCGAUCUUCAGGCCCGGGUUACUCUGUUGCACAUGCUCCAAAUCACUCCUCCCAGCCAAGAAAUCGUGGUGUUCCUAGAGUCACUGCAGCUUCCUCCUCUGAGCCACCAGACUACGACACAGUGAAGAACAGCCUGCAGCCUGAGGUUGAACCUUUGGGAGGUCAAGGAGGCACUCCAGCACCUACGCUUGGCUCUGAUUGUCUUACCUUGGACCCUGGGCCGAGGUUUGAGCUGAAAGGACUGGCCGGCUCAUCUGCACCCCCCCCCCCCCCUCAGUUCAGACUCAACUGCCUGUGGUGUUUAUACCUCAGACAAACUCAACUAUCUGUCUGGAGCACUGUGAAAACUCAAGUGAGAUCAAGUCAGUGUUGUGCCUUGUAAGCAAUUGGAACAGACAUUUCAGUCCUUCAAUGGACUGUGAUAUCAGCCUAUGUAUGAUAUAGGAAAUAAGUCCAGGUUUGCAUUAAGAAGGAUCAUGUGGACUGGCUGUUAAAGACAUCAGUAACACUAGGUCGACCAAAUGUUUUAUUGGGUGAAGUUGGGACUCUCUUCAAUAUAUAAAUACCUAAACAAAGUGUAGUGGGAUAAAAGUUUAAUGCUACUUAAGUAUUACCUUUUUAAACACAUUUUGAUAAAGUUGUUCAGAGCAAAAAAGUGAAGAUUGACACUAGAACAUAGUUUUUUUUAAGUCUAUCAAUCCAAACUUGAAAAGUUAUGGCAGCAAUUUUAAAAAAAAUGUUCUCAGGUAAAAACAAACUCAAGUUCACUCUGUUAAACUCUAUACUGUAGUUUUUAUUAACAUCUGUUAUUAAUAUCUGUAUUAUUUGAUUAUUAAAAUGUGUUGACUAAAUGUUGAGAAUGUAUUUAAAUGUCUGUCAAAGAUGAUCUGAAACAAACCUAAGGUGCUCAUGCUUUAAUAAAAAGGAUAAGAGCUCUGUGAAGAAACCCAUCCCAUUGUGCCCUAAUCCCAAUAUUUAGGCAUAAGCUAUGUAACCUAUACCACAAGGCCCCCAAUGUCCCCCACAACCCAAACAUAACAAAAGAUUGGGAUAUAUUGAGUAUCAAGAGCUAGUGCAUCAGCAGGGUUAUUAAGUGUGCUCCUCCCUUCAUAGGGAGGCUGUGAAGGGACACGAAAUCCUCAGGGAGGCUUAACAAUUAACUCUGACAUCCUCAAACUACCCCCCUCCAUGCUAGCUCUCACCCCCCAUCAUACCAGAAAAGGGUACAGAAAAUAGAAAAACAGAGAAAGGAGUCUGUAAAAGAAGUUGAAACUGAACUUGUUAAGCGAGUGAUGGAGAUUUGGUGACUUAAAAUGGAGCGCUGCCUGCAAGCUAGUUCAGGCAGACAACUCGAGCCGCGCUCAUCAUACUGACACGUCACCACCUCUCCAUCAGC